AUGGCAGUUGACCCUCGGGAGAACACUAUCUUCGAAAUACACUCAUUUUCCGACUUCAUUGGAGACCCCCAUCAUGGGCGUUUUUUGGUGAGUGAUGAGAUACCAACCUACGUCCAUGAUGCCUAUACACCACAAUCACCCCUUUCGCCUAGAGAAGACUAUAGAGAUACUACCCCUGUACCAGAAGAGACUCCGUUAGCUCCAUUUCUUCGGAUUACAACCGACCACCCUCCUAUUUCAGCCUUCCGAGGAUUUAUGUUCGGAAGUGACGAAGCUUCAUGCGAUAUCCUCCUCGCCCACAGUAGAUUUGGCGGUGUGAGCGCAGCCCAUUUUUCUUUGCAACCCCAGAUCAACGAUGGGGCACGAGUCCUUAUACUCAAGAGUCAUAGUCGCAACGGGACCUACAUCUCCGCUAACGAAGGUUUCAAUACUAUAUUGACUACCCAGAGAGCGAUUAUAGAGCACGACGGAGACAUCGACAUCAAGAUCGGAAGGCUUUAUUUCACUAUUUUAUUUCCUGCUCGUGGGCCGUAUCAGGACCAAUGGGACCGGAACUGGGAAGCAUAUUGCGACAAAUAUGCGUACACAGGGCCAAUUCGUACUUUCAGACUUAGUUCGGGCUCAGCCAUGGAAACCAUCCCGUGGCAGGAUCGUUAUUUUUGCGGCAUCAGGCUUGGGACCGGAUCUUUUGGGAUUGUGUACCACGUUCUAGAGCGUGUUACCGGAGAAGUCCGUGCGGCCAAGUGCUUUUACAAAAAUGCAGACCGGUGCGAGACAAAUCUGAAGGUUCUGCUAAGUUUGAAUCAUAGUAACAUCGUCAAAUACUACGAGAUAUGCAACGAUCCACCUGCGCUUAUCAUGGAAUACAUCGACGGCCCUGAACUCGGGGUUUCAUGUCGAGAGAGCGCCCUCAGCUACCAGGAAAUACAGGAUGUUACACGGCAGCUGUCAGGGGCUAUUGCGUACCUCCACGGGAAGAACAUCACUCAUCGAGAUCUCAAGCCCAGCAAUAUUUUGGUCAAACGGCGCAAUCCAGUUGAGGUCAAAAUUGCUGAUUUCGGCCUGGCUAGCGAACGUCCAGGAGCACUAGGAACAAUUGCUGGCACAAGACCAUACCAGGCACCUGAGAUCCUGGCUAAGGGGCCAUAUACUAAUAAGGUGGAUGUCUGGUCACUUGGGGUUAUAAUCCUAAAACUCUCUUACGGGUAUCCUCCCGAGCGUAUAGAUGAAGUGUCCGACUGGCCCAGGUGCCUCAUCCGUCAUAUUCGUGCCCAGUCGCCCAACGAGGUACAAGAAUACAUUAAGUCUUUGCUUGAAUAUGAACCUUCUAGGCGGCCGUCCGCAGAAGAGGCUAGGAAUGCCAAUUUUCCUAUCUUCGGUACGGAUAGACAGACAUGGGACAAGAUUCUUCACGGCAGGCGUAGCUCCAAGGCCCCCCGUAAAGAGCCAGAAGAAGAAGAAACCGAACGAACGGUGAAACCGCCGGCAGCCAGGGGAUCUGUACAGUCAGGGGAGACCACCGUUGCACACACGCCCGGUAGGAUGGCGGAGUAUGAGAGGACUGCAGUUCCUGCGCACCAUGGGCGUAGCGCAGUGCAUCUUCAUGAAGAGUCGGAGGGCCCAACCAAUAGAUCCACAAGACCCGGAUCACGCGGCUCUAAAUCGUCAUCUAGAGUCAAUGAAUGUGUCGCGCCUACCACCGGACCUGUCACUUCGUCUCAAUUAUACACGCUGGACAAUUACGGGCCUUAUCGUACUCCUCGAAUGCACUCAUCAGAAGGACCGUCAAGGUAUCCCACCAACUUCGAUCCUUAUAUUUCAUUCACUCCCGUUCGUUCGCCCCGAGCGCCAUCGUUUGUAGAAGGGAUGCCGAAUGCCCCUACUCCUAGAAACUGGCUCGAGUCGCGCAAUUCUGAACACACUGCCCCGCCCGAACCGCCACGUCCUCCCAGAAGCGGUGCCCCGAGACAUCCGUCUCGCGGCAUGCUUAGACCCGCUGGUGUACCUCUCCCCAAACGUCUGAUGUAUGACUCAUCAUCUACCAGGGAGAGCACCAGAGCCUCAGAAGAUGAUGGGUCAGGAUAA